UAAUUUUCAAAUAUAUUUUAUACAAAUGCAGAAAAGUGAGGUCGAGAAAAUUAACACAGAAGGCAAGGAGGAGGAAAGUUUUCAGCGAAUGGAGGUCUGCUUUGGCAAGGAAAAGGAAGAACACAACCACCGAAAGGUGAAGAACUCAGUCAGGACUUCUAAGUACACCUGGAUAACUUGGGCCCCAUUGUCUUUGUUAUACCAAUUUACGCGUGCUGCGAACAUCUAUUUCCUUUGGAUAUCUAUUCUAACCUGUAUGCCUUUCUCUCCUAAAGCUCCAGCAUCCAUGAUUGGUACCUUUUCAGGAGUGCUGAUUUUCACGAUGUUUAAGGAACUUUUUGAAGAUUAUUAUCGUAUGAAGAGUGAUAAGCAGAUUAAUAAUACUAAAACUCACAUUUACAAUUACGAUAAGAAGGAUUUCGAACAAGUGACUUGGAAAGAUGUCAAGCAGGGUGACAUAAUCAAAGUCCAGAAGGAUGAGUCCUUCCCUGCUGAUAUUCUCUUUCUUCACUCUAAGACAGAUGUAAUCUUUGUGGAUACGAUGAACCUUGAUGGUGAGACAAAUCUUAAACCCAAAGUCCUGGCUUCAAGAGAGAUGGUUGAUAUUAUUAAGAAUGAUGAGGAUUCCAAGGGUAAUGAUGAAUCUGAGUUGCCCAAAUUUGAUCUCUCUAAGAUACAUGAACUAAAGGGGAAUAUUGAAUGUGAAUUUCCGAAUGAAAAUCUUGAGCAGUGGGAUGCCAACCUUAACCUGGACCAUGGAGACAAGAAGCCUACUAAUUUGAAAAUAAAUAACAUUUUGUUAAGAGGCUGUCUGCUUAGGAACACUGAGUUCGUGCUAGGUGUUGUAGUUUACAUGGGGAAAGAGACUAAGAUUAUGAAAAAUGCCAAGAAAGCACCAAGAAAAGUAUCGAAUUUAAUGAAGAUGAUGAAUUACAUGCUUUACACUGUGUUUAUCUUCCAGCUUCUCAUCAUCUCUAUUUUUGCCACGAUCUCAGUCAUCUGGAUCAGCGAAGCAGGGAAGAAGUAUGAUUACCUAGAUAUGACUGAUAAAAGCGUGGGGAUUGGUACAUGGUUCAUCCAGCUACUUACUUACUGGGUCGCAUAUUCCCACAUGAUUCCUAUUUCACUGUAUGUUAUCAUUGAAGUCCUGAAGCUUGUGCAGUCAUACCUGGUCAAAUGGGAUGACCAGAUGUACGACAAGGAGACUGACCAGUUCGCCGAGUGCAGGAAUUCAGACUUAGUCGAAGAGCUCGGACAGAUAGAUUUUAUUUUUAGCGAUAAAACAGGAACUUUGACAUGCAACAAAAUGAUAUUUAAAAGAUGUAGCGUUGACGGGAAGGUCUUUAGCACUGAUGAUUCGGAUCAAAAUGAGGGGCAAUCGACAUCUACAUAAACA